AUGACUAUAAAAAAAAGAAUUGCAGAACAAGAUGGUGCAUUAGAAGCAUUAGCAGAGCUGUUGAGAGAUCAGAAGGCCGGCCGGGUUGCUGAGAGGGAAAAUGAUUCUCAUUGUCAAUGUUUUCUCUCUCCCCUUGCUUUGUCACGCGACUUCUGGAAUCAUCCGUCUUCUCCCAAUCCGGUCGCCGUCCAUUCGCGUCUCACAUUUUCCCGGCGGUGUUCAUGGUUGGUUCCAGCAGGAGGCAUUCCAAGCGACUUCGUGGUAUAUCUUCCACCUCCAGUUCAGGAAAAUAUACCCAUUGAGGAGGUGUUUGAGAAUCUGAGAUGUACAAAGGAGGGUCUCACUAGUCAGGCAGCCCAAGAGAGGUUGGCCAUUUUUGGGCACAACAAGCUUGAGGAGAAGAAGGAUAGCAAAUUCCUGAAAUUCUUGGGCUUCAUGUGGAAUCUUCUCUCGUGGGUGAUGGAAGCUGCAUCAAUUAUGGCAAUCGCACUUGCAAAUGGAGGGGGAAAGCCCCCAGAUUGGCAGGACUUUGUUGGGAUUAUUACAUUGCUGGUGAUAAACUCCACCAUUAGUUUCAUUGAGGAGAACAAUGCAGACAAUGCAGCAGUAGCUCUCAUGGCUCGUCUAGCUCUCAGGAGAAUAACGCCUACACUGUAA